AUGGACACGGACACGGCCUGCGGACAUGGAAAGACACAGACACGGACACGGCCUGCGGACAUGGAAAGACACAGACACGGACACGGCCUGCAGACACGGCCUGCGGACGUGGACACGGACACGGCCUGUGGACACGGACACGGCCCGCGGACACGGAAUGACACGGACACGGCCUGCGGACAUGGACACGGCCUGAGGACAUGGCCUGUGGACAUGGACACGGGCACGGCCUGCAGACACGGACACGGCCCCCGAGCACAGCUGGGCCAGGCACCGGGGAGGAAGCACAGCAGAGGGUUCGCCUCUCCGGGCUGCGUCCUCUGCGCAGGUCCGGAGCCCAGGCUGCACCAGGGCCUGCAGAGCCUGGUGCUCUUGUCCCACGCGCACAGCCAGGAAUGCAGCCUGGUGCCCGGGCUCCGCGGGCCCCGAGGCCGGGACGGGGGCCUCGUGUGGGAGUGCUCCGCGGGCCACACCUUCUCCUGGGAGCCCACUGUCCGCCCCGCGUCCCCCAGAGCGUCCACAGAGUCCACGCAGGCCCCGGCCCCGCGCCCGGAGGCCAGGAGGCGCGGCAAGCUGGCAGGUUUGGGGUCUGAGCAAGAGAGAACUCAAGAAGCCAAACUGCCCGGGGGGGCAGCACCCCCGGCAGAGCCCGUCCCGUCCCCCGGAGAGGAACAAGACGAGGACGAUGAGGAUGAAAAGGAGAUGCUCAGCGAUGCCAGCCCAUGGACCUACAGCUCCUCCCCAGAUGAGCCAGUUGGGGUUGUGGGACAGGAGAGGGGCGGCGUUGGCCUGGUCACGUGGAGCUGGGCUUGUGGGGCGGUCCUGUGGCAGGAGGGGUCACGUCCAACUCCCGGUUCUCCUUUUAGCAGUGAACCAGAUGUCGGCAGGCCAUCCCGCGCCCCUGCUGGCUCCCCGGCUGAGGCGGCACCGACGGCGCCUGCUCCGGAGGCUCUCCCCACUCCUCUUGCUGGCUGCUCUUCACCCGCACUCGCAGCCGGUUCCGGAGUUGAUCUGAGCAGGACCCCUCUGGCAGCCCAGCAGACGGAGCCUCUGGCCAGCCCUGGGAGCCGGGUGCGGUCAGCUCCAGCUCCAGCCCGUGAUGAGGAUGCUGCACAGAUUGGGCCCAAGAGAAUUCGGAAAGCUGCCAGAAGAGAGCUGAUGCCUUGUGACUUCGCUGGCUGCGGAAGGAUCUUCUCCAACCGGCAGUAUCUGAACCACCACAAGAAGUACCAGCACCUCCACCAGAAGUCGUUCUGCUGUCCGGAGCCAGCCUGCGGGAAGUCCUUCAACUUUAAGAAGCACCUGAAGGAGCACGUGAAGCUGCACAGUGACACCCGCGACUACAUCUGUGAGUUCUGUGCCCGGUCUUUUCGCACCAGCAGCAACCUCGUCAUCCACAGACGCAUCCACACUGGGGAGAAACCCCUGCAGUGUGAGAUCUGCGGGUUUGCCUGCCGCCAGAAGGCCUCCCUGAACUGGCACCGGCGUAAGCAUGCAGAGACAGCAGCCACCUUGCGCUUCCCAUGCGACUUCUGCGGCAAGCGCUUCGAGAAGCCAGACAGUGUUGCUGCUCACUGCAGCAAAAGCCACCCGGCGCGGCUCCCGGCUGCCCCAGAGGAGGCCUGUCCCGGGGUGUCUGCCCCUGAGUCCCUGGGGUCCUCCUCUGAGCCGGGACGCCAGCCCCCAGGCACCAAGAAGGUGUGA